CACAGUGUCAGUCAGGGUGUUUAGCCCUUCUUCUUCUUCUCCAGCUUGCGGCGAUAGAAGGCCAACUCGUCACCCUGAUCGGUGACCCACACGACAUCAAUGAGCACAGCACAUGCGUCGCUCUCUCUGUGUGUGACGAACCUCGAGGACGUAUCCGUCGGCGCGUCCGCACUGGCCGGGCCGGGAUGCGAUGCAGGCCAGCAGACGGCCACUCGCGAACUCGUCCUCCAGCAACGGGUCCUUGCUCUCCUUCUGCACACAGACACACACAUAGAGAUAGAGGGUGAGGGCGUGUGAGUGUGUCUUAGUGGUUUCUGUUCUGACCUUCUCGCCGGGUUUGUUGUCGUGCAGUGAUGACUGCCUGUUUUUGAGCUUGGCGAUGACGUGGCCGCUCUUCUUGGCCUCCUCACCCUCCUCGUCAGCCUGACAGGUGGAUCGAUCGGCACACAGACACAGUUGACAGACCGGAUGGCUGGGUGUCUGUAGUGUGUGUGUGUGUGUGUGGGUCACGUCACUCACGUCCUGUCCGCCCUUCUUGGGUCCCUUCUUCUUGCCGAUGUCCACACCGUAGUGCUUCAGGAACCUGCACACAACGCAACAUUACAACAUGGAACAGGAAAUACACGUCAGCCACGCCCCGCGUGUGCUGACGUGUGUGUGCCCAUUGGCUGACCAUGUCUUGAAUGGUGUCGCGUCGAUGACGACGAUGGUGUUCUUGACGAGCGUCUUGGUGCGGACCAUCUCGUUGGACACGGGGUUGUACACCACAUCCAAAAUACGGCACUUCCGGCUGAUGUCUGAACACACAACAGAUGACAGCCGCAUGGCCGGCCAAUGAGCAGCACGGGUGCAUCGUGCAAUCGUACUCUCGCUGCCCCAGCUGAAGUUGCCGGUCUCAAGACGCAACGCGCGGUACUUGAUGUUUCCUGGACACACACACACACGGACGCACACGCACCCCACACACAGGCAUUCGUCUCCUCGGCCGGCUGGCGCGCGUCUGUGUGGCUGUGGUGUGGUGUCGCCCUGGUCUGGUCAGGUUGACGUACCUCCCCUGCAUCUGACGACUCUGAGUCGUUUGGUUCCCAGUUUGGUCAUGGCGGGGGGACGGCCCAGCUCGAACUUGCGCUUCUUCUGGUGGAUCGGCAUCCGACCACCAGUGGCACGAUGCUGAGAGAAGGAGGGCACACCCACAAAGGCACAAGACAGACAGACAUAGAUGAAGCGAGCACCGUCACGAUGGGCGAUCAGCCACCAUUGACGUGCGUGUGUGGGUGUGUGACCUACCUUGUGCCGGGAGUUGCGUGAGAUCCCCAUCCUGGCGGACCACCUGACACACACCACACAGGCGGCACCAAAGACAGGCGAACAGGCGAUGUAGGGACAGAUCUGCGGGUGUGGCGAUGCCACCCUGCCUGCGGUGCCUGUCCUGCAUUCCCUUACCGUUCGGUGCCGACGGAAGCUCCUCC